GCCCCCUCCACACUUUCUCAUCGUUCCCAUUCACCAGCCCAAGGGGCAAUUUCAGCUAUGGGCACCCCGGAUAGCUUCACGUUCACAGUUGGAAAGCUUGAUGCAGGGAUGGCGAUCCUGCUGGGAGACAGAGCUCAUCUCAUCGAGUUUCCCUCUGUGUUACUUCCACCAGGAGCUACAACUGGCUCAAUAGUCAACAUCGCCGUACACCAGAACGUUGCUGCAGAGAAGAAGCGGGACCAAGAGUUUUGGGCGCUGCAGCAUGAUAUUCUGGAGACAUAUGGGAAGGCGACUCCCGCCGCCCCACAACUCGAGGUCCGCAACACCACCCAAACCUCCGUCGCCCUCCACUGGCCCACCAUCGAGCUCGCAACCGCCAAACUGCGCUCGCUCGACAUCUACAAAAACGGACAGCGCCUCUCCGCUAUACCCAACGCGCACACCAACACGUCCACAAAGCUCUCCGGCCUCUCGCUCGACACCGAGUACACCUUCCAGCUCGUGCUGCGCACCACCGCCGGCACCUUCCCCUCGAACGUCAUCAAAGUGCGCACGCACACCAUCGAGAACACGUCCGGCAUCCGCGUGUGCUUCGGCACCGUCGGCGACCCCGACCUGUUCGCCGCGGCCAGGGACGCGCUGGAGGACAUGGGCGGGCUGUGGAGCGACAAGAUCGAGAUCGACACGACGCACUUUGUGUGCACGACGCCUGCUGUGACGCCCGCGGGCGCGCAGGCGUCUGGCGGGAACGUGAAUGCGGUGGGCAGCGGUGGGCCGGGUGUGGAGUAUCAGCGGGCGCUGCAGCUGAGUAUACCGGUCGUGCAGCCGCAGUGGCUGUUGACGUGUCAAGUGCAGAAGAAGAUGGUUCCUAUCGCGGGCUUCUACCUCGGCGUGACGCCCCCCGCCGUGUCCAAGUUCUCGACCAGACCACAGUCAAUGUCGCAGUCCUCCCUCCCCGGCUCGUCCUCGAGCAACCUGCACAAAACAGGCGCAUCGCGCAUGUCCAUGCCCGUCCAGUCCCCAUCUCUCGCCUCCUCGAACUCCAACAGCUCGACGAACGGGAAACCCGCCAACAUACCCGGCACACCCACCCCGCCGAGCUCGGCCGCGAAGGUGCCCACGUUCGGCGCGACGCCCGAAGAAGCAGAGGAGCACGAGCACUCGGACGUCGAGGGCUCCACCCCCGCCGCGUCGUCUCCCCCCGCAACGGACUCGCUCACGCAGCCCCAGUCGCGGCACCGCUCCAACGGGACGAUGGACAGGAACUUCAAGUUCCCGCCCGACAUGCCCUCCCCGCCCUCCGAGUCCCCGCCCCCGCCCGGCGCGACGAACUUCGGCGCCGGGGGCGCGGCACUGCACCACGCGCCGGACGUGCAUGAUGUGCCCGUGCAGUCACUGCCGAUACCCUCUGUGCACAUUCGCGCGCCGACGGCGGAGGGCGAGAUCGACACGGUGGCGCUGAACCCAUCGAGCGUGGAGGUGCCGCCGCCGCCGCCGGUGGAGAAGGAGAGGCGGGAUUCUGUGCACAACGUGGAUGAGGAGGAUGAGGAUGUGGGGCCGACGGUUGAGAUUGAUCUGAGGUGAUGAGGGUUUGGUUUGUCUGGAGCGUGGUGCGAUUGGUUGAGUCACUCGAGUGGGGCGUUGGAUUUGGUGGAGGGGAGGAUUUUGAUCGGUUGACUGGUUAAUUGAUUGAUUGAGACUGGUGGCAGUAAUUCUAGCUUUUUCUCUAGUUCGCUUUUACACAGUG